AUGGGCGUUCAGGUAACGUCGCGACGGAGGAGCCGGCCGAAUAACUCCUUCGGGUAGAUAACGUCGGCAGUCCAGUUGUGAAGGCCCGGUGGGGCUCCGCGAAGGCAGUAAAACGGGUCCGGAUAGGUGACUGCAGCCCAGGUGUGAUUGAUGGAACUCAGGAGUGAUUGACGGAGCUUGCUAGCUCCGGAAUAAUUGAUGUUUGCUCCGGAAUCGACGAAGGCCGAUGGUCACACGGAUAGCAGCUAGCUAGCUGUGAGAUCCGGGUAUGAAUGUCCAGGGACAUGGAGAGAAAAAUUGGUCCGGUAUGUUCCGUUCCGAGCCGCGCUGCGCCGUACAGAACUGGCGAUAGAUUUUCGAGCUAAAGGAUAGCUGAUGACCACAAACCGUGGUUAGCUGAAUAUUAACGAUUUGCCAGUAAAGGAGCUAACUAGCUUCUGAACUAGCUUCUGGAUUAGCUUCUGGCUAGUUUCAGGCUAGCUUCUUGGAGUUUCUGGCUAGCUUCUUGGAGGAUUACAGAUCUGAGGGGAAUUGACAGAGGACAGCACCAUGUGGAGGAGCCUGUCCAAAUAUGUCUGUGUCUUCUUCCUGCUGGCCCUGUCAGGCCUAUUUUUCCUGAUAAACAACAUCAACGUUCUGGAGAAUCUGAACUGCCAAACAGUGUCAACAUUAUACCAGCUCCAGAGCAGCAUCCACACAGCUUUCUUUUCAGAGGCCCCUUUUCCUCUGGACCGCAACCAUAGCUACUGUGGCCUCCUGGGCCAGGAGCCCUCACCCGAGGAGGCUCUGGAAGAGCGUUACCUCCUGGAGUCCAUCGCCUGGCCAGAGCCUAUGCACCAUUCUGAGAGUGUGUCCCUGGACCACACCAGUGAUCCUGCACACAGCUUUUUUGUGAUCCUGCCAGCAAGGGGCAGGAGUGAGUGGUAUGUGGGAGACCAGCUGGAGGUUUUUGUCCAGAUGUACGAUUUUCAGGGGCAUCCCAAGAGCCAUGGUGGAGACUUCUUGCUGGCCCGACUGCACUCCUCUGAAUUGGAGGCAGGCGUAGCAGGACAGGUGCUGGACCACAGGAAUGGGACCUACUCCGCCAUUUUCUCAUUACUAUGGCAAGGUUCUGCACAGGUGGAGAUGACACUGGUUCAUCCAAGUGAGGCAGUUCAUGUUCUACGACGGUUACGAGAGGAACGGCCCGACCGGGUUUUCUUUAAGAGUCUCUUCCGCUCUGGAAAACUGUCCCAGACAACUGUAUGUAACUUGUGUCUGCCAACAAGCCAGAAGCCGCUGUGCAAUUACACAGACGCCCACACGGAGGAGCCCUGGUACUGCUACAAGCCCAAGCUGCUGAGUUGUGACACACGGAUCAACCAUGCAAAGGGAGGCUAUGUGAAAGGUCUGCUCACCAACAAAGAGGCAUUGCUCUUCCAGAGUGGUGUAAACAUCAAAGUUCACAUUCAUCCUUCAGGGUCUGACAGUGUCACUGUGCUGCCUGAGAAAAAAGACAAAGCAGACAUGGAGAGAAGCAGCAUGAAGAUGGAACCUACCAGAAUCACUCCUUCCGGGUAUUACUUCCAAGGGUCAUGGCGAGCGCUGACUGGUGGUGUAAUACGCCAGUUUAACGACUCGUCUGCCAUUACUCAGUGUCUGAAGGGCAAGGUGGUGUACAUGUACGGAGACUCUACUGCCAGACAGUGGUUUGAGUACCUCAACGACUUAUUACCAGAGCUGAAGCAGUUUGACCUUCACAGUCCUAAGAAUGUGGGGCCCAACAUGGCGGUGGACAGCACCCAUAAUAUCCUUCUGAGGUACCGUUGUCACGGUCCUCCAAUCCGCUUCACCAAUGUCAUUGCCAGUGAGAUACGCUAUGUAGCUAACGAACUGGAUGGCCUGACUGGUGGGUCGAACACUGUGGUGUUUAUUAGCAUAUGGUCCCAUUUCAGCACCUUCCCUGUGCAAGUCUACAUUCGCCGACUACGCCACAUUCGGCGGGCGAUGGUGCGGCUUCUGGACCGGGCUCCGGGGACCAUGGUGGUGUUGCGUUCAGCCAACCUCCAGGCCCUGGACCCGGAGGUGAGCCUGUACAAUAGUGACUGGUACUCAUUGCAGCUGGACUGGGUGCUCAGGGCCAUGUUCAGGGGUCUGGAUAUCUUGCUGAUAGACGCCUGGGAGAUGACCCUUGGCCACCACCUUCCCCAUGCCCUCCACCCUCCCCCCAUCAUCAUAAAGAACAUGAUAGAUAUUAUCCUCUCUCGUAUCUGCCCAUGAAGAGCUAACAGAUUCUGGGUUGGAUUCUGUAUCGCUUAAAUAUCACGGAAGAUCCACGUAAGAAUGUUGCGUUCAUUUCCGAUUUAUCUCACAUAUGCAGUGUUUAUUGUGAAUGCAGUCUCCGCAACCGCGGGAACAUUGCCGUUAAUUGUCAGUCCUGCUAUAAAGCAGUUCUACAGCGCUAUGGAUUGAAUAGAGCCCUGAGUGAAAUGAUAUGUCAGAUUUCUCCAUUAGUCAACAUAUACAUAUUAAAAAAUGCCUGGCAAUUCAAAUUUGACCUACCGAACAUUCUGUUGAUUUAUCUGUUUCCAUGUCAGGCUUGAAUGUUACUCUCUCAAAAUGUGGCUUGGAAUGUAAAAAAUGACCUGCACAUUUGUCUGUGAAGAUUUGCCAUAUUCUCAACUCCAGAGCAUUUAACCAAACUGAAAUGAUCAAACAUAUAACUAAGAGGGAAAUCACACAAACGAAUAGGUGCGUAGCCUGAGAAACAAUAGAACACAAACUUCCAGACACAUAAACACAAAAGUGUACAUGUGCGCACACACAGACACAAACACACACAAUAAUAAUAAUAAUAAUGUAAUGGGAAUUUUUAUGUUUGUGCUUUUCUUAAAACUAAUUUUGGUCUUCUAUUCAUGUGCUGUUCUAAUAACCAAUUUCUGUGUUCAUGCAAGUCGCUGACUGUACAAAUUCUCACUAUCAGUAGCUGCAAUUUGGCAGUACGCCCAGACCAUGGUUUGAGAACGAACAAAAGAUAUCUCAGUUUUAAGGUCUCAGCUUAGAGAGAAAGAAGCCUCUUGAGGUAUUGGUCGGUCACAUGAAAGAAACAAAACGGUAAUAAUUAAUUGUGCUAAAUCAUGCAAAUAUAACUUGUCUGUGUACAGUCGUAUAUACGACAACUGCUGUGUUUGCCCAGGCAGAGCUCCUGAUUGACAUGUGUACAAUGGUGCAUUGAGUUGGUUGGAACCUCUCCAGCACACUGACAAUAAACAAUGAUUCAUUUAAGAUUGA